UUCCCUUAGGGUUUGUCCAGCUCCGCGCUCCGCCUCGCUCGCUAGCUCCCUCUCUCGUCGAUCCCACGGCCCCGAUCAGCGCGAUCUCCGCGCGGCCAUGGUCUCCGGCGCGGCGCACAACCCGGGCGGGGGCGCCGCCGCCCAGACCACCCAGCGCUCGCCGCCGCAGCUGGGGGCCCGGACGGCCCUCGCCACGCCGCCGCCGGUCUCCGGCGGCGCUGCGCACUCCGCGUCUACUAGCGGCGGCACCGCUGGUUCACCACCGUCCAGCCGCAGCGAGCAGCACGCCCCCGACGGUGCUGUCAAGGGUCCCGCCCUCGGCACUGCGCCCGCAGCGGCGGCGGCGUCCACGCCUGCCAGCGACAGCACGUUCCUCCGCUUGAAUAAUCUCGACAUCAACGGCGACGACGCGCCGUCGUCGCAGGCUCCCACGAGCAAGAAGAAAAGGAGAGGCACACGGGCAGUGGGUCCUGAUAAAGGAAACCGGGGACUGCGCCAGUUUAGUAUGAAAGUUUGUGAGAAAGUUGAAAGUAAAGGGAGAACAACAUAUAAUGAGGUGGCAGAUGAACUUGUUGCUGAGUUUACAGACCCCAAUAAUAAUAUUGAGGCACCAGACCCUGAUAACCCUAAUGCGCAACAAUAUGAUGAAAAAAAUAUUCGACGAAGAGUUUAUGAUGCUUUAAAUGUUCUGAUGGCUAUGGACAUUAUAUCUAAAGAUAAAAAGGAGAUCCAGUGGAAGGGCUUGCCGCGGACUAGUAUAAGUGAUAUUGAAGAAUUGAAGACUGAGCUUGUGGGACUGAAAGGUAGAAUUGAGAAGAAAAGUGUUUACUUACAGGAGCUACAAGAUCAAUAUGUAGGUUUGCAAAACCUGAUUCAACGAAAUGAGCAAUUAUAUGGUUCAGGAAACACACCUUCUGGUGGAGUGGCUUUGCCAUUCAUCCUAGUCCAGACCCGACCUCAUGCAACCGUGGAAGUUGAGAUAUCAGAAGAUAUGCAGCUGGUUCAUUUUGACUUCAAUAGCACUCCAUUUGAGCUGCAUGAUGACUCAUAUGUCCUAAAGGAAAUGCGGUUCUGUGGAAGAGAACAACAUGAUGGAACUCAAGAGUCGAUAUCAAAUGGAGGUGAGAGUUCAAACGUGUCAAAUAUUUAUUGGCAACAAGCACAGCGUAUGGAGAUGCCAAACAAUGGCACAGUUAGGUUAUCAAGCUCACCGCCUAUUCCAGGGAUAUUAAAAGGGCGUGUGAAGCACGAGCAGCACUAGCGCUUCGGUUUUGGUUAACUGGCGUUGUCGUCCUGAGAGCAGUUUGUUUUAUUACUUUUCUCCGUUGUGUAAAGCGCCUGUAAAUUAUUAGGCAAGGGGGAGGGUAGUAGCUCUGAUCUGAUUUAGCUCUGAUUGGUAGAACGACGGGUGUAACUAUAUCCUUGAUUCGGUUCUCUCGGUAUGGUUGAGAAAAGGGUUGACAUGUAAUUUGUAGAGCAUUAUAAAAACUAAAAUUGUUGAUGUCUUCUGGGGCUGCGUGCUUCGUUCUGGGCACAAGCAUAUUU